UAAGUCAGUGGCACUAUAUAAAGCAGAGCAGUUAGCUCGGAGUGCAGUAACAACCUUGAAAAGCUUUCCAGCUGCCAAUUGGGGAAAAAAGUUGCACAAAAUGAGUUUUCAGUCUUCAUUCUUGCUGGCACUUCUUGCGGUGGGAUUAGUGAUCUCUCACGGGAAAAAAUCUGAACCCGAGAAACGGUCUCUGUCUAGAGGAUGGGGCAAUAGCAUUAAAUGGGCCCAAACCUAUGAAGAAGGCUUGUCAAAAAUGAAACAAAGCCAGAAGCCCUUGAUGGUAAUUCAUCAUUUGGAUGAAUGUCCACACAGCCAAGCCCUUAAAAAGGUGUUUGCUGCAAAUGAACAUAUCCAGAAAAUGGCCCGAGAGGAUUUCAUCAUGCUCAAUCUGAUGGAGGAAACCUCAGACAAGAACCUGGCUCCAGAUGGAUAUUACGUCCCAAGGAUACUCUUUGUUGAUCCAUCCAUGGUAGUGCGCAACGACAUUGUUGGCAAGUAUGGCAAUGGCCUAUAUGUUUACGAGCCUGGAGACAUCGACGUAUUGAAGGACAACAUGAUAGAAGCCAAGAAACUUCUGCACACUGAGCUAUGACCUCAUCAGAACCAGAAAUGGAGAAAGCACAGUAAAUAAACUUAGAAUCACAAAUCCACCAACAUCCACGUUUCACACUUGGUCCAAAAUCAAUAAAAAUACUGAGAAUAGCUGGA